AUGCCAGUCAGCGCAAGCCCUCGCUUGGACGAGAGGGUAAGACCCUCACCACUAAUAACUUCUUCUGGUCCUUCGCAAGGCAGAGUAGCUUGCAAGAGAUGUUUUAUGCGCAAAAGGAAGUGCGAUAAGCUACAGCCUCGCUGUACGGCUUGUGUAGAAGCUGAUGUAGAGUGCGAAGCUGGGAUUAAGGCAGUGGAAAGAAGUCUUGUCAUGCAGACACAAGAAUUACAGAAACGUAUAGAGUGGCUAGAGAGUUUGCUACAACACGGUCAACCGCCUUUAGGCAAUAUCAGCUCAUUGGCCACGGGUUCUUUAAACCCUGCUCAGAGGUUGCCAAUGAGAAGCAAUAACUCGCAACUGUCCCAGAAUGAUUUCACACUUGCCACACUGGUUUCGGCAAGUCUAUCAAUGCAAAGGGCAGAGAAUAUGCCUGAUCAAGGAUAUGUGGAAUCGAUUCCUUCUUCUGCUGCUUUCGGAUCAGGAUCUAGGUCAGUAGAGCUUGAAUUGGAUCUCUCCAUGACUUCAGCCUCUCAACAUCCUGUAUUGCCUUCGAUGGAUAGAGCAUUGGAUAUCAUGAACUCAUUCUUGGCAAGACAUCUUCAGAGUCAUCACUCGAUAACUAAAAAAGGUAUUGAAGAAGAUAUAAGACUUGUUUAUGGAGAGAACGGAAUGGUAGCUCGUGAUUUGGCCGGAAGUAGAUUUCGUUCUUUUUCAGUGAUUUUUCUUGAAACUAGUCCAGCAUAUCAUGGAGGAGAUCAGACGUUUGAGAAGGAAUUCGGAUCAUUGUGUAGAAAUCUAGCUUUAAAGGAAAUACCAAAUGUCAUUUCUAAAGAAGACUUAACAACUGUACAAGCUCUUGCGUUACUAUGCGUCUAUGGCGUCGAUAUACCUGGCGGACCAAGUUUAAGUCAAAUAGUCGGCUUCGCCGCUCGUGCAGCUAUGGCUAUAAAUAUUCAUCGAAAGGAUGACAUCUACCUUGCUCCCCUUCUGGGACCAUCACAAGAUAAGAGUGAUUUCAAGGAACAUAAUGAAUUGAGGAAAAACAUUUUCUGGGCUAUAUAUUGUUUGGAUCGCUUAGCAGCGUUCACUUUAGGUCAACCGGUAUCGAUAAGAGAUAGUGAUGUGGAUGUAGAACUUCCCGCAGAUCCCGCUCAACCAUCGUCUAAUAUGUCAGUUGAGGUAUCUGGGGUCGCGUUGCGCUGUCAUCAAAUUCAUCUACGCCGAUUAUAUGGUAUAGUCAGAGAAACAUUUUAUUCGUCCGCCGUCAAUCCCAAUCGGCCGCAAGAGGAGAAAGAAGCUAUUGUAGCAGAUUUUGUCUGUCAAGCUCAAGGAUGGUAUAAUCAAAGCCCCCUGAAAGCGGCUUUCGCCCCAAUGACAGAGGCUACUAUCUCGCGGCAGGUCGUCGAUGAUAUAUCGUAUCAUCAAAUGAUAAUGGCCGCACAUCGACCUUCACCUCUUAUACCCGAAAUCCCUUCUUCAUUCGUGACGACAUUGAAAUACUCCGCAACGCUUUCUAUCGAGCUUUAUCGUCAUUACUGCAAAAGCAAGAAAGUAUUGAUCAUCUGGACGCACCUUUAUCAGAUAUUCAUGUCCUGUACGACACUCAUAUUCUGUUUUGCCGAACAUCUUUCGCGUCCUGAUCUGGUUGAAGUACCUAAAGACGAAGUUGAAUGGAGGAUUGAGCAGUGUAAAGAUUUAUUAGCUAGAUUCGGUACAGCUUGGCCCGAAUCUUCGAGGUACAGGACAAUGUUCGAUAAUCUCGUUCGAUCUUUCAAGGCGCAAAUCAUAACAGGGUCCACAAGCGCAGUCGCUAGUGAGAGAGUUAAUGUUAAUAACAUCGUCUUUGGUCAUCAUCAAUCUUCAGAUAUAUCCAAUGGGCCACCGAACGAGGAUCAACGACAAUUAUCGCAGAUCACACAAAUGUUAUCUUCGAAUCCACAGAAUCAAGAAGAUGACGAUCAACAACGACAACAACAAUCAAUACAAACCGAAGUAUCACUAUUCGACUUAUUUGGUAAUUUCCCAAUGAUGGAAACGAAUUCCGAGAUGAAUUCUUCGGAACAAUUGUUCAACUCAAUGGUGCCUGCUUGGGAGUAUUCUCCUGGUUCUCUAGAAUCGAUGAACUCGGUGAUGAUAUGA